AUGGCGACUUCCAUGACUUCCUCUCUCGUCCGCAGGGGUUUCCGUCUGGCCUCCUCGUCGGCCCUCCUCUUUCGGCACCGGCAGUCUCCCUUGCGCAUGUCUCCGAUCUCGUGCUCUUCGUCCUGCUCGAUAUUUGGAGUGCAAACGGCGGGGGUUCCCUCCUCUCUCCGCGUUAACCCCUCCGCCUUCUUCGCGUCCUCUGCCGCUCCCAAGAGCGGAGACGCCAGCUUGAAGAAGGUCCUUGAGUCUGAGAUUCAGGUUGCCGAAGAGGACGUGGAAGACGCCCAGGUAAAGUUCUAACUUCUCCUUGAACGGGUAACAUGAUGCCUGAUUUACUUCCCCUCGGCCUUCUCUCCAUCUUCCGCUGUGGUACUUUAUGAUCCUUUGACACGGUGUGUUCUGGUGUCCUUUCUCACUUCAUUCCAUUUUUUUCGAGUAUAUACGAGAUGAUCCCCCUAUUGGGAUCAUUCUUUUCUGGCAUCAACUACACUUUUCUGAAAAUACUUGUUUCCGGCCCUCUUACGAAGGGAUCGGAGCCUAUGUAUCAGAUCAUUUUUAGCGUGGUGUUACUGUUGCUUCACUUCCAUUAGUAGCAUUGCCCCUUCAUUCUGUAAAGAUUUCUUUGCACUUGAAGAAAGAAAUUGAGAUCUUCUUCUAUCCCUUGUGAGUUUCCGUAUUCGGUCAUUGGCGUUUUUUACUUUGUUUUUCCGAUUGUAAACCUGGGUAAUAUUUAAGAACAACAGCGUUGAACGUUGUACAUUACAUGUUCCCCUCUUGGUUUUAUUUAUUUUUUAUUUUUUAUGAACAUGUGUAUCACACACAACGGAAUUGCACAAGAUGGCAAUUAUCUCGUGAGCAUGGUGCGAAGAAUCUGUUCAAGUCUUGGCAUGAACUGACUGACCACAGUGGGAUAAAUGAUUCUGGAAUUGUGUUCCAUUAUGAGAAAGACAGAGUGUCUGGUUGUGACUUAUAUGGGCACCUGACUAAUAAUUUCUAUCAUCACAUUUUAUGCCAUUCUCUGCCAUUUAAACCCAAUAUAAAAGGUGCCCUUCAAAGUUCUUAGUCUAAGCUGGUUAGAUUUGGUUGGUCGGUGCUUGCUGCUGCAUCGGUAUUAUUCCUUUCUCAUUGCAGGAUUCAUGUGAAGACUGAGGGAUGUAGUUUGUUCGAUGUAUGCUUCGGCGUCUCCUGUCUGUUUGUGUUCCCGUCCACACUAGUCAUGUAUCUAUUGUAGAAAAUAUUUUAUUUAUGUCAAGAAAACAUUUUUCUUGUAAAAUAAUGACAAAAUACCCAUCGUUUCAUUGAUUAUUGCUGCGAGAUGAGAAGCCAGAAAUACACGCAUUGAUAUUCAGUUUUGUAGUGUUGCAUGUUAAUACGAGUUAUUGAGAAUUUUUAGCUUCAGUUGUCGUGGAAAUCAUUAAUUUUGUGUAUGUACAUGUUUCUAUAGUUUACUAAAAUACUUCUUGAAAUGUUCAUCAUUUUCAGGAUGAAUCGGCGUUGCCAAAGAACUUUCCAUUUACGAUCAUUGAUAAUCCUGGUGAUCAGACAAUUACUCUAAAACGGCAGUUUGGGAGUGAGAAUGUUGAGGUCUCUGUGUUCAUGGAAGUGGGCGAAGGUGAGGAUGAAGGAGAUGACCAAGGUGAGAAAGAUGAUGAUGCCACUGGCGAUGAGGAAGAUAGCCGAGAUCUGUCGAACAUCUCUCUGGUUGUGACGAUUGAAAAGGGAAAGGGCCCUGCUCUUGAGUUCUGUUGCUCACUCAAUUCCAAUGAAAUCAACAUAGACAGCUUGACUCUGAAGUCCCCUGAGGUUUCAGAUGAUCAGAGCCCCUAUGAAGGACCCGAAUUCACGUCAGUAUUUCCUCUCUCUACCAACUCUCUCUCUCUCUCUCUCUCUCUCUCUCUCUAUCUCCUCCUCUGAUGGGUUUCCCUCAUGGUGAUUCAUUUUCUCCCAUUUUUUUCGUACUUCUUAUGCAGCGAUUUGGACGAGAACUUGCAGACGGAGUUCUACAAUUUCCUUGACCGGAGAGGCAUCAAGCCCUCUCUGACUGAGUUCUUACAGGAUUACAUGAUCAAGAAAGAAGAGAGAGAGUACGUCACCUGGCUGAAGAACAUGAAGGAGUUCAUUGAGAAGUGA